AUGGAAAAGGUCAAAAAGGAUUUCCCUAACGGCCUUCCAAAGCUUGCAGAUCUUGCCAUCCUCAAUGCCGGCAAGGAUGUGCCACCCGAGACAGCUUGGAUUUGGGGCAAGGAUGAUGAGCUCGGACGCAUCAAUCUUCUUACACCAGAGGUGGUGCGAGCAGCCCAGGAGAAGCCCUCCUUCCACCGCGCUGCCUUUAAGCACUCCAUCGAGGCAAACCCCCUUAGUACCUGCAUCUUUGACGACAUUUACGACCUGAACACCCAAUCUGGGAGCCAGUGGGACGGCUUCCGCCACUUUGGCCAUUUAGGCAUAAACAAGAUGUACAACAAUCUCGACCCUAAUGAGAUUCACACUAGCACCCGAUGUGGCAUCCAGGCAAUUGCACAGCAUGGUAUUGCCGGCCGUGGCAUUCUGCUCGACUAUUACUCAUGGAUAAAGAAGCAGGGCCGAGCAUUUGACCCGGUUGCCGCACAGCCAAUCCCUCUUGCAGACUUGAAGGCUGUCGCAAAGGCUCAAAAUGUCGAGUUUCGCCAGGGCGAUAUUCUCUUGAUCCGCAGUGGUUAUAUUUCGCGUUAUUACGAACUGGAAAAGGAGGAUCCGGCUCUACUUACGGAGCGGAGCAAGGAACCCUGCUUUUCGGGCGUGGAGCAAAGCGAAGAAAUGAAAGAAUUUCUCCACGAUACGUACUUUGCGGCCGUGGGAGGAGAUGCUCCAGCCUUUGAAGUCUGGCCACCCAAAGCAGGCUACUAUCUCCAUGAGUACCUGCUUGCGCUAUGGGGUUGUAUCAUUGGGGAGAUGCUUGACCUAGAGGCAUGUCACUCUGCUCUGUUUCCCAACACACUUAUCUAA